AAUGAAAACUAACUAGUCUGCUACGUGAUUUUGUCGUGAGCGAAAGUCAGAAAACGUUUCUCCUCCUAUUACCUGCAGUCCAAAGAAUUUAUCAUUUGCAAUACCAUGGAAGUGUGCAUAACAUCUCAGUGAAACACAGUUAAGAAAUUUGCAGUGGAUCCCAACUAUCGUUUCUCCAAAAAUUGAAAUGUGGAGCCGUGUCAGGGGCGUUUCUUAGACGGCUGCGGUGUAAGUUUGUCGCCGAAACGGCGACUGAUUCUUCGUUUAUUUUCCCGCGACCUCCAGCACACUCCAAAUGUUAAGCGGCGGUCGGAUUUUUCGCAAAAAGUUGGCUCUCGCUUUGCUAGUCAUCUUUUGCGUCCCUUUCACCGUCAUCUUACUGCAUCGAGACGACAUAGAUGGGGCUCACCUGGAAGACGAACUUACCUCGGAACUAGCUCAUCUUCGGCAACGAGUCUCCCAAGUCGAAAUGAUCAAUCAAGCACGGCGAAGGGAUUUGUCACUCCUGACCCGACACGUCAAUCGAUCUCUACCUUGGAAUAAUACUAAUGGGGAAGAAUUCCCAGAACUUUCACGUCUUCUAUUGGAUCCGGAACGGAGCCAAAAUUUGCGUCUCCCCAAUAUUUUCUCUUUUUUGCCUUACCUGCUCAACAACCCGCUCAGCACCGUGCCAGCUUUCGUCAUCGGUCAGGGAAAGACACACGCGUCAAUUGUGCUCGGUGUACCGACGGUUAAACGUGAAUCACAAUCGUAUUUACUUCCGACUUUGGCUAGUUUGAUUGCAUCCAUGAACGAAGAAGAGAAGAACGACACUCUGAUCAUCGUUUUUGUAGCUGAGACGGAUCUUGAGUACGUGACCGUGAUAGCAGAAAAGAUAAAGAAGCAAUUUGGAGACGCUUUGCAGAGUGGUCUCUUGGAGAUUGUUUCACCACCGCCAUCCUUUUACCCCGAUCUGAAUGAAUUGCGGGUCACGUUGAACGAUCCUGUCGAACGGGUCAAAUGGCGAACGAAGCAAAAUCUUGAUUACGCUUUUCUGAUGAUGUAUGCUCAGUCACGAGGGAUGUAUUACGUUCAACUGGAAGAUGAUAUCCUCACCACGCCAGGGUAUAUUACGAAGAUGAAGAAAUUUGCCCUGAAAAAGGAAGCCAUGAACCUUGAUUGGUUUCUAUUGGACUUUUGCCAACUGGGAUUUAUUGGUAAAAUGUUUAAGAGCACGGAUCUUCCCUACAUUAUACAGUUCGCUGUAAUGUUCCAUAACGAUAAACCUGUAGACUGGCUCCUUGAUCCAAUUAUCGAAACCCGAUACUGUCCCCACGAUACGAAGAAAUGUAAUCAGAUCAAACUCCUCAAGUGGAUCCACUUCAAACCGUCGCUUUUCCAACAUGUGGGCACCACUUCAUCACUGAAGGGCAAAGUUCAGAAACUGAAGGAUAAAAAUUUCGGGAAACUGGCCCUGUUCACGCCGCACAAAAAUCCACCAGCCAAAGUGACAUCGCCCAUCAAAGCGUACAAGCAAUUUACGAUCCAGCGAGCUUAUCGAGGCGAUUCCUUCUUUUGGGGUCUGAUGCCCCAAGCCGGCGAUAACAUCGUCUUUGAAUUUAGCCAACCGGUCGAGCUGCACGGAUACCGGCUGCGAAGCGGCAAUUACGAACACCCUUCUGACUUAUUGUACAAUACGUCGGUUGAAAUACGGCCGACCGAUCCCGAGCGGGUGAAAGAAACCCUUAAAAUCUCUCCCAGCGAACAAUUUAUUGGCGUCGGGGAAUUUAAUGACCUUGGUAUAGCAGAGGGUAAAAUCGAUCCCAGUCAGUUCGGCCAAAUUAGCGCUGUUCGUCUGGUUAUUAAGAGUGCCAGUAAAAACUGGGUCAUCAUCUCCGAGAUUAUGUUUGACACCGGCAGUGGAUAGUGGAUGACUGAGUGAGCAUGAUGGAGUAGGAACACCAAACAAAUAACAAAACCUUCUUGUGCCAUUCUCGAACACGGGCCAAAGUCAGCUAUAAGUGAAAAACUAAAACAAAACGAUUUGUUUCUUAUCAAAGGGUCGCAGACUUAAGAAUUUGUCCUCUCUUCUUGUUUCCUAAUUUGUUUUUUCGUUAAUGAAAUGUACGUAACCAAGUUCACGUAAGCGACAAUCCUAAUACCGUGCUUAACGACAAAUGAGUUUUUCUUGUCUUUUUGGUUCGUCACUCUCGACGUCGUCAGUGAGUGGAAGGAACCAUAAGAAACUAUUGCUGUUUCCCUACGUGUGAUUUAUGUCCAAAUCACUGACACGCAGUCGACUCAUGUGAUUUCCUCCGUAAAAAUGCUGUAACAUUUUAAAACCAGACGGCAUAUUGUACUACUUAUUUCAAAAUUGCUGUACAUAGUUCAUUGAAUUCUGUUAUCUCUUUUGUUUUCUGUUUUGUUUUUCUCUGGUGCUAUUCUGGUCUUGAAUCAGUGAAUGGUGAAACAAAAAACAGUAAAGUGCAAUAAAACAAGUUUUUGUAUA